AUGGAUUUAAUCGGAGUGGUUUUGCUGCUCUUUCAAUGCUCCUACACAGUAUCUACCGAUAUAAAACUGAAAUAUUAUAACCCCGAAAUCUGCGGUCGCCAGUCGACUUACACCAGUUUCGUGCUGACCGAUGACGCAGGGAACACUGGAAAUCCAACUCAUCUUGCUCCAUGGGCGGUUCAGAUUCGUGUAAAAGCACGUGGCGGUGACUACGAGGUCAUCUGUGGUGGUACUUUGAUAACUUCGAGGCAUGUGCUCACGGCUGCUCAUUGCUUUCAGAAGCAUUUCGGAGCAAAGAAGGAAGGUGACGAUGAGAGCAGUAUGUCAGGCAGAUAUUGUGAAGAGUAA